AUGAAAGGAGUGCUGGCCAGUGGGAAGGUGGAUUUGGCAACGGCGCUGGGAGCGUGGCUAUUGAUCGGGUUACUGGCCGCGCCGGCGGUGCAGUUAUUGGUGGCUUUGAUGGGCAGGUCUUUGCUGAUUGUGGCAGAGCUUGGAGUCUGGAUGAAGUCUCUUCUCUCGUCUGCGGCCAUUUCAACAUUAGACCCGGAUACCGGCGAGCGAGGGAGGGGAGAGAAAGAGAAAAAAAUACUGACAUCACCCUUUACAGAGAAUGGCAUGAAGAACAAGCAGUUCUGUUGUGACAGUGCUUUGUCUCUCCCCCCCCCUCUCCCCCCCCCCCCCUCCCCCCCCUCUCCCCCCCCUCUCCCCCCCUCUCCCCCCCUCUCCCCCCCUCUCCCCCCCUCCCCCCCCCCUCUCCCCCCUCUCCCCCCUCUCCCCCCCCCCUCUCCCCCCCCCUCCCCCCCCUCUCCCCCCCCCUCUCCCCCCCCCUCUCCCCCCCCUCUCCCCCCCCUCUCCCCCCCCUCCCCCCCCCCUCCUCCCCCCCUCUCUCCCCCCCCUCUCUCCCCCCCCUCACUCCCCCCCCUCUCUCCCCCCCCUCUCUCACCCCCCCCUCUCUCCCCCCCCCUCUCUCCCCCCCCCUCUCUCCCCCCCCUCUCUCCCCCCCCCUCUCUCCCCCCCCUCUCUCCCCCCCCCUCUCCCCCCCCUCUCCCCCCCUCUCUCCCCCCUCUCUCCCCCCCCUCUCUCCCCCCCCCUCUCUCCCCCCCCCUCUCACCCCCCCCACUCUCCCCCCCCCUCUCUCCCCCCCCCUCUCACCCCCCCCCCUCUCUCCCCCCCCCUCCCCCCCACUCUCCCCCCCCCUCUCCCCCCCCCUCUCCCCCCCCUCUCCCCCCCCCUCUCCCCCCCCCUCUCUCCCCCCCCCUCUCUCCCCCCCCCUCUCCCCCCCCUCUCUCCCCCCCCCUCUCUCCCCCCCCUCUCUCCCCCCCCCUCUCUCCCCCCCCUCUCUCCCCCCCCCUCUCUCCCCCCCCCUCUCUCCCCCCCCCUCCCCCCCCCUCUCCCCCCCCCUCUCCCCCCCCCUCUCCCCCCCCCUCUCCCCCCCCCUCUCCCCCCCCCUCUCCCCCCCCCUCUCCCCCCCCCCUCUCCCCCCCUCUCCCCCCCUCUCCUCCCCCCCUCUCUCCCCCCCCUCUCUCCCCCCCCUCUCUCCCCCCCCUCUCACCCCCCCCUCUCCCCCCCCCUCUCCCCCCCCCCUCUCCCCCCCCCUCUCUCCCCCCCCUCUCUCCCCCCCCCCUCUCUCCCCCCCCCUCUCUCCCCCCCCCUCUCUCCCCCCCCCCUCUCUCCCCCCCCCUCUCUCCCCCCCCCUCUCUCCCCCCCCUCUCUCCCCCCCCUCUCUCC